GGCUCUGAUUCCCACAGAAUAUAUGGAAAAUACGUGGAAUGGAUGUCUAAUUAAUCACUUGUUUACUUUCAGGUGUGUAAGCUUCCAAUGCUACCAUUGUGACGGGAAAACAAAACAAUUUAAUGCAAUAAUACAACACUUGAUUUUAAAACAUCCUGAAAAUGAAAUGAAAAUCAGAAAAAUUAUUAAUGUGAAUGGAACGAUUAAAUUGAUAACAAAAAAUUUCUCAGAUGUGAUUCCCAGUGAGAUCGAAGCCAGUGGCAAAAAAAUAGUGAUUCAGGAUCAAGACUCCAUGACAAUAUCAAUAGCCCAGUACUUGGACAGUGAUGUUCCCCAUGUAUCUAAAUGCUCAAAAUUAGAUAUUGACAGUAACAAUGAAAUGAAAUGUCGUACAACAAUGGAUAAUAACAUUGAAAAAGAAAAUGAAAUUGAAAAUAAAAUUGAAAAUGAAACCACCAAUGAAAUCACCAAUGAAAUGAAUGAUAUAAUACACGGAGUAGCUCCAGGACCGACAAUUGUCGGUACUGGAGGCUGUCCAGGGGUAUUUGCUAGGGUACCGACAAUUGUCGGCACUCUAUCGUCACCUAGUAGUGCCAGAUAGAGAACCGACAAUUGUCGGUACGCAAGUGGCUACUACGUGUUUUUGCUAGAGAGCCGACAAU